GGAGGAGGAAGUGGAGGGGACACCGGAAGUGAACGUCAUCGACACAGUAACGGACCAAAACAAGCCGCGGCAGCGCAGAAAGACAGCCGCUUCUUGAGAGGAAAAUGUCGUUGCGGGUUUUAUCCGAGCUUCUGGGAUGAUCUGUGUGUUCAGAGGUGGUUUCGAGGCAUUGCGGAGGCUGUCGUGUUGCUAGAUGGAGUCUGAGCAGCUGUUCAACAGAGGCUUCGGCAGGAACAGCUACAACAGCAUCACCAGCGCCAGCAGCGACGAGGAGCUCCUCGAUGGUGCCGGCGUCAUCAUGGACUUCCACACCACCGAGGACGACAACCUGCUCGACGGGGACGCGUCUCCAGGGUCGAACUACGCCAUGUCUAAUGGAGGGGGCGGAGCUGGGGCCAGUAGCUCCACCCACCUCCUGGACCUGCUGGAGGAGCCCAUUCCAGGCGUGGGAACCUACGACGACUUCCACACCAUCGACUGGGUCAGAGAGAAGUGCAAAGACAGAGAGCGACACCGCAAGAUAAACAGUAAAAAGAAGGAAUCGGCAUGGGAGUUCACCAAGAGUCUGUACGACGCCUGGUCCGGGUGGCUGGUGGUCACGCUAACAGGACUAGCGUCAGGUAAACACACUCACUCACUCACUCACUCACUCACUCACACGCACGCACGCAGACUAGCAUCAGGUGUUCAAGGUCCAGGCUCCUAUAUAAUGAACUACUUCAUGUUCACGUUUUGGGCGCUGUCCUUCGCCUUCCUGGCCGUGUCUCUGGUGAAGGUGUUUGCGCCGUACGCCUGCGGCUCUGGAAUACCUGAGGGUCCAGGCUCCUAUAUAAUGAACUACUUCAUGUUCACGUUUUGGGCGCUGUCCUUCGCCUUCCUGGCCGUGUCUCUGGUGAAGGUGUUUGCGCCGUACGCCUGCGGCUCUGGAAUACCUGAGAUCAAAACCAUCCUGAGCGGCUUCAUCAUCCGCGGGUAUCUGGGCAAGUGGACGCUGAUGAUAAAGACCAUCACUCUGGUUCUGGCUGUGGCGUCGGGCCUCAGUCUGGGGAAGGAAGGUCCACUGGUCCACGUGGCCUGUUGCUGCGGAAACAUCUUUUCCUACCUCUUCCCCAAAUACAGUAAAAACGAGGCCAAGAAAAGAGAGGUUUUGUCGGCGGCGUCGGCUGCUGGUGUGUCUGUGGCUUUCGGGGCUCCUAUCGGAGGAGUUCUGUUCAGUCUGGAGGAGGUGAGCUAUUAUUUCCCUCUGAAGACUCUGUGGCGCUCGUUCUUCGCGGCUCUGGUGGCGGCAUUCGUGCUGCGCUCCAUCAACCCGUUCGGAAACAGUCGUCUGGUGCUGUUUUACGUGGAGUACCACACGCCCUGGUACCUGUUCGAGCUCUUCCCCUUCAUCCUGCUGGGGGUGUUUGGAGGCCUGUGGGGAGCCUUCUUCAUCCGGGCCAACAUCGCCUGGUGCCGCCGCCGCAAGUCCACACGCUUCGGUAAGUAUCCGGUGUUGGAGGUGAUCACGGUCGCUGCCAUCACGGCUAUCGUGGCGUUCCCGAACCCGUACACGCGGCAGAACACCAGCGAGCUGAUCAAAGAGCUGUUCACGGACUGCGGGCCGCUGGAGUCGUCUCAGCUCUGCCAGUACCGCAGCCAGAUGAACGGCAGUAAGGCGUAUUCCGAGGGAUCGGACGCCGCCGCUGCCCCCGGCGUCUACUCGGCCAUGUGGCAGCUCAGCCUGGCGCUCGUCUUCAAAAUCAUCAUGACCAUCUUCACCUUCGGACUCAAGGUGCCGUCGGGUCUGUUCAUCCCCAGUAUGGCCAUCGGGGCGAUCGCGGGGCGUAUCGUGGGAAUCGCUGUGGAGCAGCUGGCGUAUUAUCAUCACGACUGGUUCCUGUUCAGAGAGUGGUGUGAGGUGGGCGCCGACUGCAUCACGCCGGGACUCUAUGCCAUGGUGGGCGCCGCCGCCUGUCUGGGUGGCGUGACGCGCAUGACGGUGUCUCUGGUGGUCAUCGUGUUCGAGCUGACCGGCGGGCUGGAGUACAUCGUUCCUCUCAUGGCGGCGGUGAUGACCAGCAAAUGGGUCGGCGACGCUUUCGGGAGGGAGGGGAUCUACGAAGCCCACAUCCGUCUGAACGGAUACCCCUUCCUGGAUGCCAAGGAAGAGUUCACGCACACGACGCUGGCGCGGGAAGUGAUGCGUCCGCGGCGUAACAACCCGCCGCUGGCUGUGCUGACGCAGGACGACAUGACGCUCGCCGAGCUGCAGAACAUCAUCUCCCAAACCAGCUGCAACGGCUUCCCCGUCAUCGUCUCCAAAGAGUCGCAGAGACUGGUGGGCUUCGCGCUGCGCAGGGAUAUAACCAUCGCUAUAGGUGAGAGAACUUCGUUUCCUGAUGGUCGUCACGGUGUGUGUUGCAGGAUUGUAUUGGGCAUCAUCACAAAGAAGAAUAUUUUAGAACAUCUGGAAGAGCUCAAGCAGCACGUGGAGCCCUUGGCGCCUCCUUGGUAUUAUUACAAAAAAAGAUAUCCUCCGUCAUAUGGCCCAGAUGGCAAACCAAGACCCCGAGUCCAUAAUGUUCAACUAGCAUCCCCCUCUUCCCGGUACGAGGAAGAUGAGAGUGAAGAGGAGGUCCGUUUACUGGACAACUCAUCCCUCUGACCACACGCCCCUACGGUACCCUGAACCACCCAAGUAUAUGAAAAACACUACGCCAGAUGGGACCCCAUCCUCUGGAUACUUGCACAAGACUUCAAAACGAGUCUUUCGAGGCAGAGCCUGGCUGCUUGAAAAACUUUUGGGAGAAACUUGAGUCUUGGACGCCCCAAGUGGAGGAACUUUCUCCAAAUGCUAGCACGCUAAACUAACUCACACACGCGCAUGCAAAAACACCCAAGACACCUCACGGGACCUGCUCGAUUGACCUCUUAGCCUUCUGCCUGAGAAAAUGCGUCCUAAAGAGGUGAAAGGUCAAGAUGAACCACUGGAAACAAGGCGAGACUUCCGUGACCCUCACUGUCCCACCACAUCCCGAAAUGGACUCUAUAGCUUUGUUUACUUGUAGUGUGUGUGAGAGAUACAAGAAGGACGGUGAACGAGAUCGUGUUUGAACACGCCCCAACAUUCCAGUCGGGAUCUGAUGCUGUGAAGCCGAAGAAACAUCGAAAAGUGUCCCGUACAUAAUGGAUACGUUGCCCGUGCAAGUGAUUUUUGCGAGCGGUCCGUGAAGAUCAAGUAUUCAGCAUUGCGAAAAGAUCAAGCAUACAAGCGUGGGUUUUGUGCUACCUAGUGAAAGGAUGUUGGGAGGAGAACAGGGUGUACAUCGUCUUAAUUAAUCAUCUUUAAUCUCAGCACUACGACGGCCAGUCUAAACCGCAGUGGGAUUGUCGUAACGAGCCAAUCGAGUCUGUCUGGCAGGUCUCUGAGUGCCCACACUUUAUGAAGUUUUGUGCUUUUCGUUACUGUGGAUGAAAAACCAAGACGCUUUUCUUUUACAGCUGCUAUCUUGGCUAUUAUAUUUAAAUGUACUAAACAACUCCUAAUAGUUUAAAAAUCAAAAAAUGUGACUUGACCAACUUUUUUAACUUUGCAAACAAGCAUUAAUGUUCAAACUGGUGAAUGUUGGCUCCAGUGCAGUUUAAAUUUGCCAUUCUCUUGUAUGCGCAUAUUUCAUCUCACGUGAUAUAACAGUGUCUACUGCUGUUCAUCUUCGUCUGAAUAAUCAAAUAUUUGAUGCCCUGAAAUCUUACAUUAAUCAUCUGCAUCUGACGGCUAUCUAAGGACAGACUCUAAAGGAUAAAUCCCACGAAGAAAUGCCUAGGUCAUAUUUCAUCCCAAAAUAAAAUGUAUUUUGUGUAAUGAAAAUGAAGCCCGUUUUGAACCCUAACC